AUGACCAAGCCAUUAAAUAUUUUAAUCACAAAUGACGAUGGUCCCUUAGAUAACAACGUUUCACAAUACAUAAGACCCUUUGUUCAAUAUAUUACCAAACACAGACCCAAUUGGAAUUUAGUAAUUGUAGUUCCAAAUAUCCAAAGAUCAUGGAUUGGCAAAGCUCACUUUGCCGAUAAAGAACUAACUGCCACCUUUAUAUAUUCUGAUCCAAACAGCACUGAUAAUAAAUUUUUAGGUCCGUUUAAUCGUCCUCAAGUGGAAAAUUCAAAAUUUAAAUUCAAACCUAAUAUUUCCGGCUCCAAAGAUUCAGAAAAAAUACCACAAAAUAGUAUCGAAUGGUGUUUACUUGAUGGAACUCCAGCUUCGUGUGCAGACAUCGGUUGCAAUCAUGUUUCAAACAUUGAACAUUUUGAUUUAGUUAUAUCAGGGCCUAACGUUGGGAGAAAUACCUCUAGACCAUAUGCCACUUCAUCUGGUACUGUAGGUGCAGCUUUUGAAGCUUGUAUUACCGGUAAUACUAGGGCAAUUGCCUUGUCCUGGGCAUAUUAUAAUACUCAAAUUACUGUUGAUGAAGAAUCUUUUGAAACAGUUAGUAGAUUGUCUUGCGAUGUCAUCGAGUCAUUAUUGAAAUCUUGGGAUUAUGAAAAUAAAGUCGAUGUUUAUAGUGUCAAUGUACCGCUUUACCCCGGUAUUCGAUAUGAGGAUACAAAAGCGGUUUUUGCUCCAUUGGCACAAAAUAGCUGGACAAGUGUUUUUACUAAUUAUGAAGAAGAAGAUGAUAAUGAUGAAAAUGAUAAUGGUGGUGCUAUUAAGUUUAAAUGGGAUCCCGACUACACAUUUAGCAGAAACACAGUCUUGAAUAGCGAGGGCAUAAACGACGGGAAGCUGGUGGAAAGUAAAAUGUGCACAAUUACUCCCUUACGUGCUUCAUUCCAUGUGAGCUUAAAUGAUGAACAUUUUGGAAAAGAACUGAUAUAUCAUUCGUUAUUGGACACUACUUCGAGUAGUGACGUUGCGGUUUUGACUAUUAACCCCAAAGAGUAUAUUGCCGAACCACUUACAGUUUCUAUAAAAAAAUAUUUGCCCACUUUGCCCAUAAUCAAAGCGGAAUCGAUCGAACCUUUUUUCGAUAAGUUUACUAGGAUUUUCCAAUAUGGAGAAUAUGAACAAAUCGACGCUUCGAAACUACAUAGCGGCGUUUUACAUUAUUUUGCAAACACCUUUAUUUAUCGAAAGGCUUUAAUUAGAAAACAAUACUUAACACAAACCAUAAACACCUUCACUGCCAAAAACCCCACUUCUAUUUUGAAAACUGCCUACAUGGAAUCUUUUAACAUUGAUGUGGAUUAUGCAGAAUUUUUAGAUGAUGCCUUAGACGAGGCAUGGGAGCUAAGACAGGAAUUGGAAGAUCCUAAGAAUAAUAAAUGGUGGAUUUUGAAACCAAGUAUGAGCGAUAAAGCACAAGGUAUUAGAGUUUUUAAAACUGUUAGAGAUUUACAAGCAAUUUUCGACUCCUUUGAUGAAGAGGAAAUUGAGGGGGAGAAUACUAGUGAAAACAAGAUUAUCACAUCGCAAUUGCGUCAUUUUAUUGUUCAGGAAUAUCUACAAGCCCCAUUAUUGUUAAAUAAUAGAAAAUUCCAUAUAAGGUGUUAUAUUAUUGCGAAAGGAUGUUUGAAGGUUAUGGUAUAUGAAAGGAUGCUAGCAUUAUUUGCGUCAACAGAAUUCAAGAAUCUUUCGGUUGAUAACUAUAAUGUGUUAAGUGCUGAGGAUUUAUCUUGCCAUUUAACAAACACAUGUCUACAAGAAACAGACAAAGUUAAAGAAAUUGACCCAGUCAGGGAAUUUGAUACUUUGGAUGAGAUAUCUGCCGAGAAUAAAGAAAAUAUUAAGCAGCAGAUUCGUGAGAUUGCACAUGAUACAUUUUUGGCUGCAGUCAAUGCAAAUAGAUUGAAUUUCCAACCUUUAGAAAAUGCGUUUGAAAUAUACGGUGUCGAUUUCUUAGUUGAUAGGGAUUAUAAAGUUAAAUUGCUAGAAGUUAAUGCUUAUCCAGACUUUAAACAAACAGGAGAUGCUCUGAAGAAUUUGAUUUUUGAGUUGUUUGACAAUGUCACACAGACUUGUAUUGCUCCAAUUUUUCAAAAAAAAGAGGACGAAGACAUUGUAGGUGAUAUAAAACUCAAUAAUUUCACAACCGUCUUGGAUGAGUCUAUUCAUGAUUGGUAA